UUCAAGUUCAAAGCUGCUGGCAGCUGCAUGGGGAUCGGAUCAAGCUAGUGGCGGGCGUGCUGCAUAGCGCAAUCCUUGCAUCAGACGCUUCGAACCGAUCCUUGCAUGAACCUCCCCAUGUCGGCGCUGCGCUUUGCAGCAUUGGUCUGUCGCCUUCCCAAGAGAGCAGCGCCGAGCUCCCUCCGAACUUAUGCUGCAGAAGCGAGGCAGCGAGAAGCGAGCGGGCGCCCUUCUGACGGCAUCACUUCGACUUGGAGCCUUAAAUUGGACUUUGGCGGUGAUGCAAAAGACUCCAAGGUGUCAGUAACUAGUGUGAUUAACGAGCUGAUACGAGAGUGGCUGGGGCCCAGGAAGAAGAAGGGGCGGGAGCGGUUCAGUUGGUUUGUGCGGACAAAAAGCAGUGGGAGGGAGGUCGACGCAGAUGGGUUUCUUUUCAAGCCAGGAGAGCGUCUGUCCGUCCCUGGCUACCUCAUCCGAGGCGUCCUGUACGACCUCUCUUCUCUUUCCCUUGGGCGGGGCAACGUCGACCGUCUCGUCGAGAGGGGGCUAGUCCCCAAGGAACUUCUCCCCCCCGUUCCGGAUGUGGAGCCCGAAACAUUGGGGCUUGAGGAUUUAAUGGCAGACCAAGCAGGGGGCAGCAGACUGGGGUCUACCACCAGGCUCAAGGAUGGCAGGGAGGAGGGGGGGAGUUUGUCCAGCCAAAGGACCCCCCUGAACGUGCAGAGUCAGGCGCUGGAAGCCCUCCAGAAGCCCACUUUUGGAGGGGGGGUAGGAAGUGCCGGGGAAAGCAACCCCCUGAAGCGGCGUGAGACAGAGGACGAGCUUGUGGGGCGUCUGGAGGAGAGGGCUCUGAGCGGUGCGCAGGCGAGCACGUCUUUCGAGACGGGGUCGGCUGGUGCGACAGAGUCGAAGGUGCUGGACAUGGCGGCAGCUUUGGAUGCAAUCAAGGGUGCGGUGCAAAGUGGGGACGCAGAAACGGGUCCCGCAAAGACCCAACGACAUGGUCGUUCUGGUGCUGAUUCUAGUACGGGUAUAUCGUUACAGCCUCAGAGGCCAGAGAGUGAAGACGCUGCUUCCAAAGAAGAAAGGGGUGGGGGCACCUGGCUGACUGCAGCGCUGAACGAAACGUCUCGAGAAGAACAGAAAGCAGUCGUCGCAGCAAAACGAGAGGUUGAGCUGGACAAGACGAUUCGUAACAAGUACGAAGGGAAGCUUAAAAGUAUUCGUGAGAAGGCUGCUACGAGGAAGCGCGAGGGAAGGGCUGUAGACGCGGGUGCAUUUGACAUUAGCCGGGCGACAAAAGUGGGCUGGAAGGGGGGCGCGAUUGCAGUGCCUGGAGCGGGAGGGGGAACGAAGUGGCGGGUUCUGCCCGGGGCUGGGGAGCUGCUGAAGCAUCUGAAGGAGCGAGGUCUGAAACAGGGCCUCUUCGUUUCCGCUUCGGACCCGGACAAGGACGAGACUCUGCAGCAGCUGCUGGAGUUCAAGUUCUCCCCGCUCGAAGAAGUGACGGCGACGGACGACUCCCCGGGCACCUUCGUCAGCCCUGAGACGUUCCGGCGGGUCUGUGACCAGUGGGGUCUUCCUCCAAAGCAGGUCUUGGUGGUAACUGGACCAGGCCCAGUGGGUCGCGCGCUUCUGGACGCUGUUGCCAGCAGCGGAUGCUACCUCUGUCAGAUGACACCGUACGGCGUUGCGCCCGUCGAGCCUCCGCCUACGUCACCUCCCGUCAGUAUGACGUCAGCUACCGUCGAGGAGAUUGCAGCGUCGAACGGCGUUGGCCGGCUGAAGCAGUGGUUGGGUAUCGACGACGAAAACCCGGGGGCUCGGGAAGCGGUCUCCCGGGGGAAACCAAAACCGCAUUUCAAAGUGGAAGAUGUGCCCGGGUUAAAGGCCGUGGUGGAAGAUCUGAACGGAGUGUCGUAUCGGCGGAGCACGAUGAUGCGGGGGUUGGGGUCGGGGAGGGAGCGCGCGGCUGCUUCGGCCGACAACGAGAAGGUCUUUGUGUGAAAAGGGGACAAUUCUGUUGCAUGGCAGAGCAUGUUUCCUCAUGUUUAGAUUGAAGAGAUCAGACACAUCAUCGGCUUAGAAGCAGUCGCUGUUCCGGCACGCUUAAAUCAUUCUUGCGCAAGGUCAUUAUUACAGUACGCUUUGGGAGUCAUGUUAACCUUUAAUUGCUGCUCGCGUGUAAUGCAUGGUGGACGAAUUGCUUUUUUAAAGCUGAACAGCGUCACG